CUAGUUGGAUGAAUCUUAUUGAAGCUAGUUUGUCUAGUGGUUAACGCGACGGUCUGGAGUUUUGAGACUGACUGCAGGUUCAAACCCCACCCGUGGUAUAGUUUUUUACAGCGGGAAGCCGGGUUCGAUACGUCGUAAGUUGUCAGUGGUCCUUACAAACCCAACAAGACGAACAGCAACAAUGGCAGCAGUGUCAGAAACUAUUCUAGCUGGAGUUGGCAACACCUUGCUAGUGGUGUCUGGUAAAGGUGGUGUAGGUAAGAGCACUGCUACAGUACAACUUGCCUAUACUCUUAGAGCAGCUGGUCACCGAGUUGGUAUCUUAGACAUUGAUCUGUGUGGGCCCUCAAUUCCACGCAUGAUGGGAGUUGAGGGUAAGGAUGUUCUCACUACUCCUGAGGGGAAAUGGGUUCCAGUUUUUGUUGAUGAAGAAAAAAGAUUGAGCGUUAUUUCUAUUGCAUUCUUUCUGGAAUCCAAGAAUGAUGCAGUCAUCUGGAGGGGUCCAAAGAAGAAUGCAAUGAUUAAGCAGUUACUAACCAGCAUUGUGUGGGACAUUGACUAUUUGAUCAUUGACACUCCUCCUGGCACUUCUGAUGAACAUAUUUCUCUCAUGGAAAAUAUAAGAAGUGCAUCUGUUCUUGGAGCUGUCCUGAUAACAACACCACAGAUGAUCGCAGUUGACGAUGUUACAAGAGAACUAAGUUUCUGCAGAAGAACAGGCAUUAACGUACUUGGCAUUAUUGAGAAUAUGUCUGGCUUUGUUUGCCCAAACUGUUCU